AUGUUGAUUAAAAGAAUAAUAUCAUUAAAAUCAUUACCAAUAUCGGUAAUUUCAACCAGAUCCAAGUCAACUACUUCAUCCUCCUCCUCCUCCUCUUCAUCAUCUGGUUCUUCUUCUCCUUAUGGUGAUGUUAAUUUAUCAAAUCGUCGAAUUAUGAAACGUAUUAUUCAAGGUAAAGCAAGACCAGCAAUUUUUUAUCAAUUUGAAACAUUAAUAGAAUUAAGUGAUGGUAGUGUAAUUAAACGAUAUUCUCAAGCUCCAAAAGAUGAAAUUAGAAUGAUUAAUGAUCAAAGAAAUAAUUUAAUAUGGAAUCCUAAUAAUAAUGAUUUAAUUAAUGGUGGUGGUCUUGGUGGUGGUGAUUUACAAGCUAAAGGUAAAAUUAAUAAAUUUAAACUGAAAUUUGCCAAUUCAUUUGAAGAAGGAGAAAGAGAAGAACAGCAAAAAGAGGUUGUUGUUGAUGAAGGUGAAGGUGAAAGAGAAGGUGAAGGUGAAGGAGAAGUUGAUGAAGAAAUUAUUAGACGUAAACAAUUGGAAUUACAAAAAGCUAGAGAUGAAGAAUUAUUUGAAUUAAUGGGUGAAAAUGCUCAAGAAGUUGAUGGUGGUGGGAAAUUAUAUGAUAAAAAAGCUGAUAAGAAGAGAUUCAAAUGA